AUGACACCACGCUGGUGUGCCGCCUGCCGCGCUGCGCCCGCCUCCAUCUACUGCCCAUCAGACACCGCAAUCCUAUGCACAGCCUGUGAUAUUCUAGUCCACGAAGCCAACCAACUCGCCAGACGCCACACCCGUGUUCCUCUAAACCUAUUCGACAACAUGGGCGUGCCACAGGUAGAGCACAGCCCGCCAACCCACUUUCACGGAGCACAAUCCACCGACAAGAGCUCGUCGGCCGCAACCGCUUUUGACGAGAGCGAUGAAUCGUCGGGCGGCGGCGUUGUACCGGACACGGACGACCUCUACCCCGAGCACCACACUUUCGCCGACACUCAAGUCGCUGACAUUUCCCUAUCGCCUCCCACAAAGCACCAACAACCCUCGUCGUGGGCACACGAGGCACAAAGUGCUCCUCACCCGGUUGCUGACACCAAUACCGAAUGUCUCAAAACCAUCGCCGGUGCGUUCGUCAAGCAAGAGAUUCAAACCCUGUUCGAGUCAAGCCAGCGGCAGAGCCCCCCAAAGGCUACUCAUGCCAAUGGCUUGGACUUUUUGUGGAUGAGAGACUCGCUCCCACCCGCCCUUCUGUGUGACGGUACAUCGACGACUUUGACGGGCACGCGGCAUGGUUUCGACAGCAAGCAGGUGCUGUCGGCGGCGCAGAUUGCACUGCAAAACAGUCUGGACCAGUCGUUGCUCGACGACGUGCUGGGAAGCUCAUUGUCUACGGAUGAAGACAUUAGUAUUCCUGGCGCGGAUAUAUUAGACGGACUCAAGAUAGAGGGGGCCGCGCUGACAAGUGCGGAACGAUCGAGAGAACAAAAGCGUCUGGAUCGGCAAGCGGCGCUUCGACGGUUCCGACACAAGCGAGCGAACCGAUCGUUUAGGAAAAAAGUGCGGUAUGCCUGCCGCAAGCAGCUGGCCGAUAGCAGACCGAGAGUGAAGGGAAGGUUUGUUGGUCGUGCCAAGACCACAUCCACAGGUAGGGUGCAGAAGAAAUCGAGCGCGAUGGGCGUUACGGGAUGAGAGCUCUGUAUAAUGCGGGCGGGUUCCCGUUCGUUUUUUUUCGGUCAGCUCUUGCUUGGUGUCGAACCAUGAUGUACACAAAAUAUAUGAGAUUGGGCGGAGGACGUUUUUCAGGUUUUUGGCGUUUACUGGGCGUUUUAUUGCUGCCGUAUUGUGUACUGUAGUGUAGCGGUCUCAUAUUAGUGGGUCUAUGUACAGUUGCUACAGUGCGGUACGAUGGCUGGUAAUGUCGGUAAAGGUAUACAGUAUUUCUUGGGUGUCUUGAUAAAUUUUUUCCUACAA